UGCAGCAUCAGUGCAAAAAAAAGACAGGAGGAAAAGGCACGAGUCGGUGGACUGGACCGAGAAACAAUACAGAGAUAGAAGAAGAGACACGGAGAGGAGCCUGAGAAGAGGAGAAACAUCCAGAGGAGACACCUGCAGAGGCAGCUCCUGAAGAAGCGUUUGUGGAGCUGACGCAGUGAGGAGGCGGCGAGGCGCACUCACAGUUGGACUGUAAAGGAAACAAACACACCCACCAACUUACUGCUGUUUACUCCUCCCAGCGCUCCCUCAGCUCCGGGCGGUCCCUGGAGUGUGUGUCUGCCUUGGUGUGCGUGGGUGUGUGUGUGUGUUUCUUUAUGUGUUGAUGAGUGUGUGGGUGUCUUGCAUCACUUUUGAUGGGACAUUGAGAGAUGUGUGUGUCACAGAGUCGGUGGAUGGGCUGUAGGGGGAUGUGCUCCCCCGCCCUCCCGCUGGUCCUCCUCCUCCUGCUCCCUCUGUCCUUCCUCUCCUCCACGCCUCCGUUUGCUCAGGGAGCCAUCCACAUCCCCGAAAGCUAUACAAAAGACAACAUAUUUCAGCCUCCGGUGCUGACAGAGAUGCCAAAAUCACACACAGUGUUUUCUCUAGAAGACUUCAAUCUGGCCUGUGAGGCCACUGGAACCCCGACACCCACAUUCCGUUGGCUGAAAGAUGGCGAGUUGUUCGGAUCAGAGACUGAAGGAUCCGGAACGCUGAGAGGCGACAAUUCUUCCCUGGAUAUGUUAGAGGGUGAAUACCGCUGCUACGCCUCCAACAGUCUGGGCACCGCCAUGACACAAGCCGUCAAAGUCAACGUAGAGCCUCAGCCAGUUCUCAUGAAACAGCAAGUCAUGCGUGAACAAGGAGACGUGGGACAGAGUAUGGUCCUGUCCUGCAACCCUCCAGAAAGCUCGCCUCCUCCCAACAUCCACUGGAUGAACAUGAAGUUGAUGCACAUUACUCGGAGUGAGAGAGUGACGAUCGGCCUGGAUGGGAAGCUGUACUUCGCGAACCUCAUGGAGAGUGACAGGAAAAAGGACUACAUCUGCCACGCCCAGUACAGAGAGGCCAGGACUAUUCUACCUGCCACUGCUGUCUCCCUCUCUGUCAAGCCGAGUAACAGCGUGGCUCAUGGAGGAAAGCCCGAGUUCUUCCAUCACAGGAACCACUCCCAAAUAUCAGCCCUCAAGGGGAACAGCGUCACCCUGGAAUGUUUACCCAAAGGCCUACCCACACCUAAGGUGGAAUGGAAGAAAAAGGAUGGUGUCCUGGCAGACACAACCGGCCAAGUUAUUAACUUUGACCGCUGGCUCCACUUCGACAGCAUCACCCUGGAUGACGACGGCGAGUACGAAUGCAAAGCCUCCAAUGCCCACGGCAGCAUCACGCGCUCCUUCACGGUCACUGUGGAAGCGGCUCCUUACUGGGUGAAGGAGCCUCAGAACCUGAUGUACACUCCCGGGGAAACAGUCCGACUGGACUGUCAGGCUGACGGCAUCCCGAGGCCCAGCAUCACCUGGAGAAUCAACGGUCAGCUGUUAACAGAAGUGGAUGAAGAACCUCGGCGCACGGUGACCGGAGGAACGCUCAUAAUGAAAGACGUGAACAUUGGCGACACGGCCGUGUACCAGUGUGAAGCCAAAAACGGCCACGGCUCCAUCCUCCUCAACACCUACCUCUACGUCGUCGAGCUCCCCCCUCAGAUCCUGUCCCCUGAUGGGUUCAUCUACAACGUCACCAAGGGCCGAGACGUCGCACUGCACUGUGAGUCUUUUGGCUCGCCACGACCCCGCGUCACAUGGGACCGGGAGGACACAGGUGCUCUGCUGUCGGACCCUCUGCUGUAUCCUCGUAUCUCCAUUCUGACCAACGGGACCCUCAAGCUGUCCGAUGUCAGCCACAACGACAGCGGCGAGUACAUCUGCUCCGUACAAAACACCAACAUCUCCAUCACGGCCAAGCUGGACGUCUUCCGUCCAAGUGAGAUACUGACGGGCCCCCAGGCCGUUCGCGUUGUCCAGGGAGAGAGCGCCUUCCUGGACUGUGACGUCGACACCGAUCCUCGGCUGAGGGAUUACCAGGUUGUCUGGAAGAAAGGGAAUCGCAAACUAGAAGAGACAUCAGUAGAUGACAAGUACACCUUCCUCAAGAACAACACGCUGAAAGUGACAGACGUCCAAUUAAAUGACAGCACAGAGUAUUCCUGUGAGGUCAUCACUAAAGUGGACAACGUGAUUGCACAGGGCUCCAUCACUGUCGUAGCAAAACCGGACCCUCCCAGCGGUCUGACUCUGUCUAAUGCUGAGGGGGUCAGUGUGACUCUCAGCUGGAGCCCAGGACUCUCCCACAACAGCCCCAUCACAGAGUUCAUCAUUCAGGCUCGGGAGGAGUACCACACGGAGGAGAGGAAGUGGACGUGGGAGGAACUGAAGAAAGUGCCGGGCGACUUCAACCACGUGGAGCUGACCCUCCAUCCAUUCUCCACCUACCGAUUCCGGGUCAUCGCCAUCAACGAGGUUGGCAGGAGCAGACACAGCAACCCCUCAGACCACCACAGCACGCCACCUGCUGCUCCCUCCAUCAACCCUACAGGAGUGCGCAGUAACUCCGCAGAACCAGGGACACUGAUCAUCACGUGGGAUGAGAUAGACAAGCGUUUCCAUAACGGCCAGGACUUCCAGUACGAGGUGCUGUGGAGGGAGGCCGACGGGUCAAAUGUAAACUGGAACUCCGGCCGUGUGAGGUCUCCACCGUUCAUAGUGAACAACACAGGAACGUACACACCGUUUGAGAUCAAAGUCCGAUCGGUCAACGCCCUCGGAGGAGGACCGGACCCAGAGCCGGAGAUCGGGCACUCCGGAGAGGACAAGCCAGAGGAAGCGCCGACUGGAGUUUCAACCACGGUGAUGAACAGCACCGUCAGAGUGAGCUGGAAGGAAGCCGAGAGGGUCCGAGGUCGGCUGCUGGGAUACAGGAUCUACUAUAAGAGGCUGGGUCCCAAGGCCGAACGGAGCCGGAGGUCUCUCAGACAAUCCCAACAUGAGGAGGAGAGAGGAGAAAGGUCAAAACAAUCGAGUGAGACAGACGAGCACAGCUGGCAGGUGGAGGAGGUUGACCAUAGCAAGACCUCAGCGGAGGUGACGGGGCUGCGACUGUUUUCUGAGUAUGAGCUGACGGUCACUGCGUUUAACAGCAAAGGGGAGAGUCCUCAGUCCCCGCCGCACCACUUCCACACGCCGGAGGGAGUUCCUGGUCCUCCUGCAUCUCUGGAGUUUGAAAGCCCGACAGAAAAAUCCCUGAUUCUCUCCUGGAGCCCUCCGGCUGAGACCAACGGCGUUCUGCAGGGAUACAUAGUGCAGUACCAACAGGAGGUGGAGAGCAAAAACAGUCCUGUGGAGAUACUGAAUGUCAAUGAUCCCAAAGUAAAGCACAUCACGCUGGACAACCUGGAUCCCAACAGCCAUUACGUCUUCAAAGUGAUAGCACGCACAAAGACUGGAGAAGGCCCUCCCAUCACACGCAGGGGAGCCACUCUGCUUGAUGGAGAGCCUCCGAAAAACAUCACAGUAACCUCUGGUAACACAUCAGUCAACCUGAGCUGGGUGCCCGGAGAGAGAAACCGAAACCACGGCUUCCACAUCCAAUACCUCAAGAAGAGCGGAGGCGGUGGGUGGGAGAAGUCAGAACAGGUCAACACUACGCAGGGUUUCUAUACGCUGACGGGCCUCCAACCAGGAGCUCAGUACCACCUGAAGGUCGUGCAUGGAAACUCCACUCAUUGGGAAGGCGAGGCAAAGACCGUGGAACCACUGCCGUCAGAGAUAACCGGCAGGUUCGCCACCCAAGGCUGGCUGAUCGGACUCAUCAGCGCCAUCGUGCUGCUGGUUCUCAUACUGCUCAUCCUCUGCCUUAUCAAACGCAGCAAGGGCGGCAAAUAUGCAGUGAAGGACAAAGAAAGCAAGGAGGUGGACUCUGAAGCUCGACCAAUGAAAGAUGAAGCCUUUGGAGAGUACAGCGAUGGCGAUGAGAAGCGCUCGGACAGCCAGCAGUCUCUGGAGGAAAGUAAGAUGGGCAGCGUCGACUCUCUGGCUGAAUACGGGGACAGUGUGGACAUCCAGUUCAACGAGGACGGCUCCUUCAUCGGCCAGUACAGCGGCCGGGCAUCUGUUCCCCACGGCAACGAGAGCUCGGGCCCCGCCUCCCCCGUUAAUGCAGUCCCGCCUCCCCCCGUUGCUCCCUCCAUGUCGAGCAUCCUAAACCGGCCCAGCUAGACACACACUGCAAAACAUACACACACACACACACACACACAACUAUAACCAAAUGCAAAGGGACAGACCACUUCAGACUCCACUGCCUGUUACCACACACACACACACACACACACACACACACAAUGUCAGUACAUUCCACUGGUUUAUGCAGUGAAGCUGUUUACAGGAUGUCUCACUUUUCAACACAAAGUUUACACACACACACACACACACACACACACACACACACACAUACAACGCCGUGAUUAGAAACUCGUAUGAGCGAACAAACUGAGGUGAGAGCUGCACCAGCUGCUCCUGAACUCACUGAGUCGUGUUACAUGAGCUCAGUCUGUUUACUGAACAUGUAAAACUUCUGAUUUUGUAACAGCUGAGAUGGUGUUGGGGACGUGUAGCUCGGCGAGCAAACGCAGCGAAUGUUAUUCUUGCAGCAUUUGAUUCAGCUUCACAUUUCAGUAACUACUCACACAGAUUAACACCCAAAUGAGUCCUUGGAGACAGUUUAAGAGCUAUGAAACUUAAAUUAAAUUCAUAAUAAAGGGAUACAUUUUUAAAACACAGCCAAGUUCUUAUGUAAGAUUAUUAAUGAAUAUUAAAAUUCUGGACUAACUUUUUGUAGUCAGUGACUACAAAGCAAACAGUUUGCUGGUCUGUUCGGAGCUCUGGAAGAACCAAGUGACAGCUGAUUGGCUAACGGUGAAUAUCAGCUUAAACAUAAAAAUAAAAUAAUAAAGCUUAUUAAUACUAAUUCUGAUAAAGGAUCCAUUCUCUGUGCAUUUGAACUAAUGCAGUUUGAGCUUCUGAUGUCCUCUCCGUACCCUUCAUGACGAGUUCUGACACCUCAGCAUAUCUCAAACUAGAAAGUCACCUGAGCGGCUGCAGGUGGAGCUUCCUCUGAGGGUCUUUGGUCUAACUCGGUGCCGUUCAGACUGACACAUAUCUCUGGAUUUAUCUGGACUUCACCAGGUUUGUAGUUACCAUGUUGUGGUUUGAUUACACGAUGGAAAGCUUUCUAAUUGGACACAAACAAUUUACUGUUUACUAAAGUCUUUCCUGAUUUGAUGAAUGUAAUUGCGAAUUAAGCUGGGACUCGCUGAGAUGGCCUUAAAGUGAAACCAGUCUCAGUCUCAUAAGGAAAUGAGUUUCAUGGCUCAGAGUGUUGCGUCUGAUUCUGGGUUGCUCCAUCUGUCCACCAGGACAAAGCUGCUCUUUGACUUUUUACAUUAGUUUGAGUGGUGUUUGCACAUGACGCAGUAAAAUUAGACUUUAAAUAGAAACUUAGAGAAGCUGGUGCAGCUCAGCCCAGGAGAUGAUUUAUGGGAGAGCGUCACAAAGAAAAAGGAAAAAUCUGGGAGUUUUUCAUCUUUCAUCUUGGACCAAAUCACUUUAUUUCAUCGUAAACAAACAUUUCAGUCUCUUUUUGUUUCAUUAGCAUAUUUAUAUGUAGACUUUUUAUAUUUAUAUGUUUUUGUUACCAACUUAUGUAUCUGAGUUUGCAUGCAUGCGUCAUGGAACAGUUUUUGCUAUUUAUAGAUGCAUGCCAGCUUCCAGGCAUUUCUAAAGCAUUUCAUUGAUAUUUGAGUUAAAGAGCGUGACUGUUACGCUGUGUGUGUGUGUGUGUGUGUGUGUGUGUGUGUGUGUGUGUGUGUGUGUGUGUGUGUGUGUGUGUGUGUGUGUGUGCUUGUUCUCCAUCCCUGCCCUUUGACCUGCAGAGAGGGGAGCUCUGUUGCCUUAAGAGAGUCCAGAUGAACCUCCUCUCCUGCCUCUUCCUGUUAGUCAUUUCUCCUCAGACGCAGCUUCAUGUGGAAAAGUUUUCAUGCUGCAGUUUCUGCAGACGUCCAUUACACCCGGUAAAUGGCCAGCAGGCGGCACAGUUCACUGCUUCAGAUGUUUCAGGGCUGCUUUUGAAUAUGAUUGGACAAAUUCCUAUGCACACACACACACGCACACACACACACACAUAUGCUGAUGAACACAUGAAGUGGAGGCCCACAUGGCGGGUCCUCUGUAGCAAAACGGACCCUGUGACGGAGCGAGGGAGGAGGCGGAGGAGAAAGAGGAUCAGAUGUAAUCGCUCUCUGAAUGUAAAUAGAACCUUGAGAUUGUCAGUUUUUUUUUUUUUAUUUCCAUUGCUUCUUUUCUAAAAUCAUUGAAUUGCAAUUUGUCUUUUUAUCUUUUGCUCUGUUUGAUUUUGUACUUGUAUUUUGUAUCAACACCCUCCCCUCCAUCGUCUAAUCUUAGGGUUUCCUUUCGUGUCGCUCAGUAGCCUCGAGACGUUUAGCGAAGAUUAGAACCGUAGAGAGAAAAAACACUUCAUUCAUUCAGUUUCUUUAUAACGCGUAGCAAUGCAGCUAAUAAUACUGAUUAUUAAAAAGCUAUGUCAUAAAUGUUUCUACAGCUCGCUGUGGCAGAGCUGAUGUUCUCUGGAUGGACCCGCACUGGAAACAGUCUUAUAGCUCAGAGGGUUUAUUUCGUUGCCUUGGACACGCUGCACUGAUGCCACUGCUGAUCAAUAAAAAAUCAAUCUGAUGAAAAUAUGUGACGCAGGAUUACACACAGGGACCCCCGUGUUCGGACCCAGAGCUGACGCUUAUUCUUAAAGUUUGUCGAGCAGAGAGACAAACCCGACGAAGCGAUUCACGCAAACCGCGCGCAGCCCAUCCUACCAGCCGUGGAUGUCACCUGGAUUUCUUGAGUACUAUUUUCAGAGGCGGAUUAAUACAUGUUUGAUUCUUUAAUGAGUAUUUGUCACAGCAGGACAGCGUUUGUGACUCACAUUCAGAACAAUAACCACUUACUGUAGAUAUAAAACUUUAAACAACCUUCCAAAAUGAUAGUUUCCCAUAAAAACAAAGUUCAUUACUAUCCAGCAAAUAAAUUCUCAUUAUAGUUGAAUUCGUAUGUUGUUCUGUAGUGAGUGUCUGUGACUGCAGGAGGGUGAAUGGGUUUUCCCCUCCAUCUGUGGCUCUGAGGUAUAAACUGGUGCGCUCAUCCCACACCAUCAAACACGAUAUUAUUCCUACUUUUAUUUUCACUUGCUCAUUAGGCCACAAAUGAAUUCAAACAGGCAGGAGCAUUUUCUGGGAUGCAGGGAAUUACAUCACUGUGGUUCUCUACUGUGUGUUUGUGUGACCAUAAACUACAUCUAAAGGAUGGAUGUAGCUUUUGGGCCUGAAAAAGGUGAAGUCAACCUAGAAAAAACCUGCAUUCUUUCCAAAGCCCUGCAGGGGGCGACUCCUCUGGCUGUGUCACUGUGUCUGUGACUCAGUGACAGGCCUGUCCUACAUUUUAGGACAGGGCGUCUCUUCCCCUCAAUGCUCACUUCAGGCGUCAAAAAACAAAUCUUACUAGAGAAAACUUGAUGUUUCACAGUUUCCAGACAAAAAGUGAGCCCACAUCCAGCACUGGUUUCGGUCUUUUCAGUGGAUUUUCCUGCAAAAGAAAAACUACAAGCGAGCUAGAGAAAGCUAGAGUGAACUCAUGUACAGGGAACUGCGUAUCUCGAGCUGAUUAAUCACUGCUGAUUGUGAAAUAACAGCAGCAAGCAAACGCUCGUUUCCUUUAUGUACAAUAAUCCAAAGUCCGACCUCAUCUUGUUGCCUUGAUGGCGUCUCCCCGCCCUCGACCCCACUCCCGUCCGUCUGUCUCUCUGCUCUGACUCUGCUGUACAGCCCUGUCUGUCUGUUUUUGUCGCAGCCUUUUUUUUAUACAUACAUGGGGAAAAAACAACAAUAUUAAAAAACACUUAAAAAAAAUAAAAGACAAAAAUGUAGUUAUGCAUAAUAAUUCUGCUUACAAUAACAACAGUGCUGUAAUCUAAUCAGCUACGAUGAUGACGUCAGUGUCUUCCUCAUGUGGUCAGUAACACAAUGAAUCAGUAUCACAGGAUCUAGCAGGGAGGUUAAAGUGGGAGGAGGGGAGGGAGAGGGAGGGGAGAAAAGGAGUCACACAUAUGUAUACAGGAGAGGGGCUGCGUGGGGUGGGAGGGGGUUACUACAAUAUUGAGGUGUGCUGAUGUUGUACCUGCUUGUUGCGUUGUGCGCUGAGCUGUAUCUGACGAACUAACCCAACUGUCAACUAAUAAACAUGGACUACGCAUAUCCUUAA